GUGUGUGUGUGUCAACGAGAGCAACACAUAACAACAGAUCUGCAGCGGCACAUAUUUCCUGUAUUUCCACCUCCCUCUCGGAGUGCCACAUUCGUCUCUGAGGCCUUGUGGCACAAUACGCAGUUGCCGAUACUUCUUGUGCAGGGAAAUAUAAAACCUAAGUUAGAUCACCGCCAGAGAGAAGAAAAUAUUGGCACGGAUCAGCUGCCAGGCGGAGACAUCAGGAGGGGGAAGGGCCAGUGGCGCACCAUUGCCUCGUACUGGACGCUUAUUUUGACACUUGUUACCACCUGUCACUCCCUUGCACCAUAUUGUUCCAUCUUGCAUCACCCUAGAUAGGAUUACCUGGUCCCGCCGCCGCCAAGAGAGGAGUGUGAUGCCUGUCCUGGACCUGCCGCUAAGGUCAAGCAGUUUGGUGUAUCCCUGGAGCCUUAUGUCAGUGUGCCACCUAGGGUGUGAAAGAACAAUAUUACCACCUAUACCAUUAUUAGCUUGUAUAUGAACUAGCUUACUCAAUCAAGUGAAAUCAAUUUUACACACAUCCUCCCACAUAGUGGUACACACACAGUGACCGAUUAUUGCAUAGUACAAAGUAAAGUUAAUAAGCUGUAAAUAAAAGAAUUGCUUUCGUGUGUAAGAGAACAAAUCUAUUACAUCAAAAUGGCAGAGCAAAUCAGUCAAGAAGUCUCAGUACCAUUGUCUCCAGAAAAGACACAAUCCAGCCCACAGCAUCUCCCAUGCAGUCCAUUACCAGAGCCUUCACAGGGUAACCUUGUCAUUCUCAAGAACAUGUUAGUGAGUCCUAGUGAUGAUGUUUUUGAUCAGCUGCGGUUACACCUCCAGGAGAAGAUAUGUGAUGGCAAUGGGGAGAUGUUAUUUGAUGUUGGUGUUGGAGCAGAUGACUCAGUGUAUGGCCUUCCUGAGGAUGAAUAUGCAGCAUCUGUGGCAACUCUUAGGUCUUUGGCAGACACCCUGGAAGCAGAUUGUGUAUUACUGAGAGAGAAAAAAUCAAAGGCUGGGACACAGGGGCAGUUUUUGGUGCGUCGGAAAGCAGAUUCUAAUGAUUUUAUGGAAGUUAGGGUAGCUGUGGUGGGCAAUGUAGAUGCAGGCAAGUCCACGCUCUUGGGUGUUCUCACUCAUGGAGAGCUUGACAAUGGCCGUGGCACUGCCCGCAUGAAGCUCUUCAGACACAAGCAUGAGAUGGAGACUGGCCGAACUUCCUCAGUUGGGAAUGAUAUCCUAGGAUUUGAUAGUCAAGGCAAAGUAGUAAACAAACCUGACCAUGGACAUCUGGACUGGGUGAAGAUCUGUGAGGCAUCCAGCAAGGUCAUCACAUUCAUUGAUCUGGCAGGCCACGAACGUUACCUCAAGACUACAGUGUUUGGCAUGACAGGACACCUCCCAGACUUUACUAUGCUCAUGGUGGGUGCCAAUGCCGGUGUGGUAGGCAUGACCAAGGAGCACCUGGGAUUAGCACUGGCCCUCAAUGUACCUGUGUUUGUCAUUGUCACCAAGAUAGAUAUGUGCCCUCCUAAUGUGCUCCAGGACACACUGAAGCUCCUGCACAAAAUUCUCAAGAGUGCUGGGUGCAGGAAGGUGCCUCUGCUGGUUCGAAAUCCAGAGGAUGUAGUUGUUUCUGCUACUAACUUUGUAUCUGAGAGGUUAUGCCCAAUUUUUCAAGUUUCCAAUGUGUCAGGAGAGAAUCUGGACCUGCUGACGAUGUUUCUGAAUUUGCUGUCAUCAAGGACACCACAGAAUGACAAUGACCCAGCACAGUUUCAGAUUGAUGACACAUACCAAGUUCCUGGUGUUGGAGUGGUGGUGUCUGGCACCUGCUUGAAAGGAGUCAUCCGAGUUAAUGACACGUUGCUCCUUGGUCCUAAUGGGCUUGGUGACUUCAUCCCAAUGCCCAUCAAGUCCAUCCACCGUAAGCGUAUGCCAGUGCGGGAGGUGCGUGGUGGACAGACAGCCUCCUUUGCCCUCAAGAAGAUAAAGGUGCAUGAUGUACGCAAAGGACAGGUGUUGGUGGACCCUUCACUGAAUCCAACAUCCUGUUGGGAGUUUAAGGGGGAGAUCCUGGUACUGCAUCACCCAACAACCAUCAGCACCAAGUAUCAGGCCAUGGUGCAUGUAGGUUCUGUGCGUCAGACUGCCUCCAUCAUUGCCAUGGACAAGGAGUGUCUCAGGACGGGAGACAAAGCCAUUGUCCACUUCAGGUUCAUCAAGCACCCAGAGUAUCUCAAGAGUGGUCUCAAAAUGGUGUUCCGAGAGGGUCGCACCAAAGCUGUAGGGCGAGUAUUGGAGGUGAUCCCCAAGGUGGCAUCCCUCCAGCACCAGAAGAAUCACAAAAUCAUGAAGAUGGUCAAGCAGAAUGUUGGUGGGGAUGUUGGCUGCCAGGCUGGAGGUGGAGAUGGGAGUGGCCAGCACAGCAGUCAGGGAGGAGGAUCCUUCAGUGGCACCAAGAAGCAGCGCAGUCGACGAGGAGGCAAGCACAGAUCCCGCGGGAACAAUGCAGCAUCUAACAACAACCCAGAUACAUCAAGCCCCCAUAAAAAAGGAGGAACAAAUUCCUCUGUGCCUGCUGGCCCAGAUCCCCAAUCAGUCCAUAAUCGGCCUGAAAACCUCUCAGCUCAGCCAGUGGUUGCAGCCGAAGUAUCAGUGUAGAGAUUCCUCAACGGUCAAACACAGCAAGCCCUUCUAUGAUUGUUUUUUCUUGUCAUUGUUUUAUUUACAAUAUACUAAUAUGUCCAAAGUUCAUAUCUCACUUUUCAGGUUAAAGAUACAUAAUUUUCCCCAGGCAUAGACAAUAUAAAAAAGAGCACAUGGGCAAAGCUGUUUAUUGCUGUAUAUGCCACAUUUGAGGCUGGAAGAGGUUGAGAUGAAAUAUGCAAUGUAUCAUCCAAAUCUUUUCAUGAUUGUUCAUCCCAUGAACAAUAUUGCUUUUUUCAACAUAUUGUUGAUUUUUAUACAUGUAAAAAUACUAGAUAGCUAGCUAUUGGUUUGGGUAUCUUUUACAACAUUUUCAUCCUAAGGUUAAGAUUAUCGGCAGUCUUAAAAACAUGCAUUAGUAAUAAAGUAAUGACUAACAUUAUUUUGAUUGAUGACAAACUACUUUGAAUAACCAAGUAAAAACUGUUGUUCUUGUACUGUGAUAUUCUUAUUUUGCAUUCUUCAUAUGCACUUAUCUGAAUUUACUCUUUUCAGAACAUUAUUAGAUAUCCAUAUAGCAGCAUCAAUGUCUAUGGAUGUUUUGGCAUUUUAGAAAGUAAGUGGUCAGUUUGUUAAUGUUUAAUAUACAUUGUAUAUUGUCUUUAGUUUUAUGUAGAGGAAAGUUUGAUUUCCAUUUCAUAACCAUAGAGUUCUUUUCAGAUACACAUUUUAUAAUCAUUUAUUGUAUUUUACUAAAUAUCAACCUCAUAUAGAUCAUGUUUAAAACUUAAAAAUUUUAUCCUGAAGAUUUUGGAAUAUGUUGGCCAUAAGUUGGCACCUGAAAGGAAAGCUUGAAUUAUUUAAUCUCUUAUUUCUAGCUAGUUGUUAAUUGUGUAGCACUUCAUCUAGAUAAGUUUUAUUGAUGACUGAGAUUAUUUAAUUACUAAUAAUUUGAUAAUUCUUGGGUGAAAUCCAGAUUGAUUUAAAUUGAUAGACAACCACCAGCAAACUGACCUACUCUCCAGUCUUUUCAACAGAUAGACGUGCCCUGCCAUUGAUGCAUGAUUUAUAUUACAAUGUUGUAUAUAGUUAACAUAAAUGUUGGUGUAAAACACCUCACCUUAUUUUGAAAAUAUUACCCAUCUUAAACUCACACUUUGAGUUUUUAUAAUGUAAUUCAAAUCACUUAAAGUGAUUAACCAAAUUAAUUGUGCUAAUUAGUAUCACCAAUUUUAAGAAUUAUUGGUUUGUUACUGAAUUUCUUAGCACUAAGUGUUUUUUUCUUUUAUAAAGUAUCAAUUUUAUGGUUGAUAAUUACUAGAGCAUGUUUACAAAUGUUCAGAGUUUACUUUUCUACCAAGUCUGUGGGUAGUUACUCACUAUCACCUUGUCACCUUGAACUUGGCCACCAAUGAAAGCAAUAUUUUAUAUUCAUGGAUAGCUGUUUGACUUAUUUGACAAAACAACUACACCAAAUUCAUGCCACUGAAACACUUGUAUUUGUUCAGGAGCUGAUUUAUUAGCUGUUUACACAUUAUGUCAGAGUGAACAGUUUAGCACUUACGUUCUGGUAUGCAUCAGUUGUAAUUUUCAUUCAUCUCUAUGAAAUUCGUAGACAUAAACCAAAAUGUAGUAAAUUCUGUAACUUUUUGUUUUUUAUGUAGGAGGGGAACUGACCAAUGGCAAUAAAAAAAACGUAACUAAAAAAAGAAAAAGGCUCACCUCUAGAACAGGGUCAAAAGUGUUAUCCAAAACUCGAGGAUAAAUGGCUUUACCUCCCUCUUUAAUGAGUUUAAGUCAUAGAUUGAUGGAAAUACUGAGGCAGGAAGGGAGUUUUUACCAAAGGAAGGGGUGAAUGACUGAAAAUACUAGUUAACUCUUGCAUUAGACAGAAUAGGGGUGAGAGAAAAAAAAAUAAAGUCUUGUGCAGCAAGUCCAUGGGAGGAGGGAAGGCAUGCAGUUAGCAAAACCAGAACAGUUGCUAUGAAAAGUGUUGGAAGAUAGCAAGAGAUGCAACAUUGCAUCCAUGAGAAAGAGGCUGAAGACAGUCAGUUGGAAGAGAGGAGCUGAUAAGACAAAGCUUUUGAUUUCACCUUGUCUGGAGGAAGAGUAUGAGUAGAACCUUACAAUUGAAGCAUACUUCAUACAUGAAUGGAUAAGACCCUUGUACAGAGUAACAGUUUUGGGGAGAAGGAAAACAUGGCGAUUACCUGGAACAUGUAACUUCAUAGAGACAGUUUUAGCUAGAGAUGAGAUGUGAUGAUUUGAGGCAUUGAACAAUGCAAAGUUUGCUUUGUCCCAAUUAGAAAUUAUUAAGAGAUUAGAAGUCAGGCAUUUUGUGGCUUCUUUGCUCGAUCUGUUACUUUAUAAAGGUUAGGUCCUCUAUGAAUUUAUACGGAAAAGUGUGGUGGUAUCAGCAUAGAAGUGAAUAGGACAAAAACUUUGGUUUAGAAAAUCAUUGAUGAAUAAUAGGAAGAGAGUGGGUGACAGGGCAAAAUCCUGAAACACCACUGUUAAAAGAUUUAGGAGAAUAACAGUGACUGGGUACCACGGAAGCAAUAAAACUGUCAGAAAGGACACUUGAUAUGAAGCUGCAGUUAAGGCAACAGCAAAAGUUUCACCAAAAACUAUAAAAGAGAAUGACCAAGACUCUUAAGGAAAGCCAGAUCACUGUUAAAGUGGCCUUGAUGGAAGUCAUACUGGUGAUCAGAUAGAAGAUUGUGGAGUGGCUGAUGUUUAAGAACCUUCCUAGUGAGGAUGAAUUCAAAGACUAUAUAUGCAGGGAUUUAAAGCAAUUGGAUGGUAGUUUGAGGAAUUAGAAUGGUCACCAUUUUUAAGACAGGCUGAAUGUUGGUAAACUUCCAGCAAGAAUGAAAGGACCCUGAUAUAAAAAGUUGAAAGAGUUUGACUAGGCAGGAUGCAAGCUUGGAGGCACGGUUUCUGAAAACAAAAGGAGGUACCCCAUCAGGUUCUUCAGUUUUCUGAGUGUUUACACCAGCAAGUGCAUAGAAAACAUCAUUCUGAAGAAUUUAAAUAGAUAGCAUGAAGUAGUCAGAAAUGGGGGAGGAGAGGGAGAAACAAGCCCUGAGUCAUCCAAGGUAGAGAGCAAUUUUAGCAAAAGUUUCAGAGAGGAGUUCAGCUUUAAAAAUAGAUGAGAUGCCUGUGGUUCUAUCAGGAUAAAAUAAAGGAGAGAAAGAUGAAAAAGCAAAGUUAUUGGAGAUGAUUUUGGUUAGGUGCCAUAAUUCUCAAAGGGAGUUGGAUCUCAAAAAUUUUUUACAUGUGUAAUUGGUGCUUCUAGAAUCCUCUUGUAAGAAUAUCACAUGAAUAUUAUAUAUAGACAAAAAAAAGGAAAGGAGUUCAUAUCCUGAAGCGGAGUUGCACAUGGGAAGGUAGUGUGGAAGAGACAAACAGAUCAUUACAGCAUAGAUAGAUAUAUGAGUAAUAUGAGGUUAUUCUUGAGAAUAUUUUGCUGGAUGUGGAUUUAUUCAUGAGUUAUGAAGAGUAAAAAGUUACUCUAAUUGCAGUUAGCCUCAUUAACACCAUUGAUUUUACAUGAGUGGCGUUGUAUUUAUUUUGUGGUGUAGCAUUUUGUAUCGGCAUGACUAUUGUGCAUGAAAUCAUAGGCUUGGGUGGUCUUAGUUUUAGUAGAAUACAUGGUAGGGGUUGUUGCUUUGCUUUGGCCAUGUUGAGUAGUAGGAAGUAAUUGGUCCACUAGUAUGACAUGCUCAGGCCCGUUUUAUGGUUCAUAAGGGCCUAGUGUAUAUCCUGGUUUAUGAGUAGUUUACAGAAGGCUCACAGAAAUGCAGCAUCACAUCUCAUGAUGAAGGAAAGCCUUGGUUAAUCUUAGCUAUCAUAAGAAAUAGUACUACUUGUGAGUCACGACGAUUGCUCUGUGAUUACCAUAAGAUUAAAACACAUUAGCACUAUCCAGCAUCAUUAGCUGCACAGGUACUACACACCAACUGACAUGUUUAUGGAUUAGUAAAUAAAAACAAGAGUGUCUGCACAGCCACCUGGUGUACUUUAGCAGUAUUUAGGGUCACUCUUGCUGUUGUGUGGUCCUACCCAAGAAUGAGAAACUUGGGAGUGUCUGAUUUUGUUGGCAAAAUAUAACAUUUGGAGACAAAUAAUUGACAGUGUACUUAAAUUAAGACUGAUCAUAGAUGAUAUUUCUGAGCUGAUAGUUUCUUCAUCUUUGUAUAAUUAUUGUCAUUAAUAAGAGUAAUUAUUAUGCACUAUUAUUGAAAAAAAAAAAAAAAUACUUUUAAGUGUUUCCCUCCCUUUCCCCUUUCUUCCACAACAUUUUUCACAGUAGCAAGUGCCCCCUUUUCACAAGACCACAUGUACAAGAGAACAGGACUGAUAGAUAGCCUUUGUCAUUUGCUGAAUAAUGAGACCACAAUAUUUUAAACUUAGUCCAUUUCUUUUAUGUGCUUGGUGAACUGAGGCUUUAGCAUGAAUAUAGACAAUCAUGAGUUUUUCCCACCUUGCUGAACAUUCAAACAUGAUCUUUCUUUAGAAAGAAUGAAGAAAACUAAAUAAACUCAGAAGAUCCUUCUCACAGUAAGGUGGGUUCACACGUCAAUAUGCAACUGAAAUUGCAAGUUGGUAAUAUUUCCAACUGAAUAUUGAUGUCCAGCGACUGGAAAAACCACUCGCACAACAAGACCGACCAACAUGUUGGUCUUGUUCAGUCAAUUUGUGACACACUUCAUAAUGUCACAAAUAUUUCAAGAUGUGUCCAGAUAUAGAGAUGAUGUUGGAGUUAGUGAAGGAAAAAGAGCACAUCUGGGACCCCAAAAAAUGAAUUAUACAGCAAAAAAAACUUAUGCAACUGAUGUUCAAUGAGAUCACUGCCAUUCUUGAAGUACUGUGUCCCUCUAUGCAGGGUGUUGUUGAAGGUGAGGAUUGAAUACUUUUGAUCGCAAUUGUCAUCAUCACCAGAGGAAGACAUCUUGUUGAGUAGUUGUUUGUUUACACUCACUUCCCACCAACCAGCCGGUACUUUCCAGUCGCUAUGUGUAAACAUGUUCCAACUAGAAGGGCUCAAUCGAUACUUCUAGUGACUUGCAAUUUCUGUCGCAUACUGACGUGUGAACCUGCCUUCAGAAUAUAGUAAAUUUGGUCCAUUGUUGUUUUUAGUAUUUUCAUGUGAGUUAAAUUGACAGUCAUCCCCUUUUUGUAGUUGGAUUGUGAUACAGAAUGAAGAUACUAUUGUAAUGAUAAUCUGCAAAUUCAGAUCUAUCACUUUAAAAAGAAAUAGAAUCCAUAAUCUGAUUUGAUACUUAAGCACAGGGGUAGGCAACCUUUGGUACACAUACCAAACAUGAUAUGCCCAAUGACUUGUUUCUGGCACAUGAAAUCAUAAAUUUUUUUUUUUGUUCUCCAAAGUAUAAUGGAGGGCAUGUAUUAAUUUACUCAAUUAUUUAACCAUUAAAAAAAACUGUAUACAAAUGUGAGGUGUAAAUAUAAGUACUGAACAGUUUAAGUUAUCCAAAUGUGAGACAUUGAAUUUGACUACUUUUAGGUUUCUUUAGUAAGGAUUUAUGGUGAUAGUUGUUUUGAUACCUUUGCAACUCUGGUUAGUGACCUCUGUCACCAGAAAACAUAAUUUCUAAAACCUUUGUGAUAUUCCAUUGUUGCAGGACUGCACAAAAAUAUUUUGUCUCUGUUUCAUGUCUGCAGUCAGCUUGUAAAUGUCCUGAUGAUUUUCCCCAAUACCCUCUCUGCCAUGUUCUUGCUUUUUCAUUGCAAGGGUGUAUCUGGUAGAGGAAAAGAGCUUCAUUUGGUUGAAAAUUAGUAAAGUUUUUUUGAGAUUGGUGAUUUUGGGAUUUGAAAAAUUUUAGUGUUCAUAGCAGAAGAAGCAAUAAAAGGAUUGUUUGUUAAAUUGGAUUUGGAUUACAGGCAUUUUGAUGAAAGGAGCACUGGAUUUGAUAUUGUUCAAAGAAAUUUUUCAAUGAUCUAUGUAUUAGCAAAGAAAAAAAGAUUCUUUGAACAGUG